AUGCAGCAAUUCAAAUACACCAUUAGGCCCAUCCAUGGCAAAGAAAAUCCUGCUGAUGCACUGAAAAGACUGCAACUAGGUGAAGUGGCUAAAGAGUUUCUCAGGCAGACAGAAGACUGCGCCCUCACAGUAGUUACUGAUGCUAUACCUGCUGCUUUAUUACCCCGCCAAGUGGAGAGAGAGUCUGAAUUGGACCCAACCCUGCAAUUAGUUCAUGAAGCCCUAACUACUGGUGAUUGCUCUCCAAGAGAGCAACAAGGGGAAAAAUAUGAAGCAUGCGGGUUAAUCACAGUUGCUGAUGAA